GUUAGCUACUCCGUUCAGGUUCCGUCUCCAUUAAAACCCAUCUCUCUUUUGUGCAACGCCCCACAUCCACUCAUUAUCCAUCCAUCUCACGUGGAAAUAAAACAAAAAAGAAAAAGAAACCAUAGGAAGAGAGACCACCAGAGGAAGAUCGGGGGAAGACCAUCGGAGGAAGACCGCCGAACAUGAUUGGACUACGCUACUCCGUUUCAUCGAGCAAAUGGAUGUUCAUCAUGGACCUAUUUCACGAGAUGUUUUAGUUCUUGCACCCAGAGAGCAUAGGUGUGAUGCGAUCGGAGGGUGUCUUAUUCCGUUACAGCUUUGGGUAUGUGAACGUCUGCCUAUGACUAGACCUAGGAGCGUUGUACCAUUGGAGCAGCUGGUUAAUGUCCCAUACGCAGUCAGAUGUGUGUGUUAUCAUUGGUGGACAGAUUCUACGACACACUCCUCACAAGCAUACAGGGACCAGUUAGAUAGGUUGCUCGAGGGAGAUACAGUUUGGUGCCCGCCAAUGGGUUCUUCAAGAUGUUGUCUAUAUUGUAUGGCGGAUUGCUACCAGCGCCUUGAUCCAGGUAGGCAUCCGGAUGGUUUUGUACCUUCUCACGAGAUAGUGCGAGUUCAUGACUUGUUAGGGGAGUGUAUAUGUGCUCUUGGACAUGUUUCUAUCCUUGAUUACCCACAUGAUUAUCCUUGAUAUACAAAGCUGGCGAGGCCCCGAGCAGAAGCGAGUUUGACCAAUUGCUUCUCCAAAUAACGUCCAAAAAUCAAGAAGCUUACAGUGG